AUGUCCUGGUAUACUGCAGUCUUGAGCAUAGCCAUAGCCGCCUUAGCAUACUGGCAGUAUUGGAGAUGGGCCCACAGAAGAAUGCUGGAACUGGCAGCAAAGGUCCCUGGUCCACCAGCUUUGCCAAUACUUGGCAAUGCCCUGAUGUUCAUGGUUAAGCCUGGGGAAAUAUUGAACAAAAUCUCAAUGCUUCACAAGGUGUAUGGACAAUACUUUAAGUUCUGGUUGGGUCCUGAUUUGAAUAUUUGCGUGAAAAAUCCUACAGACAUAAGAAUGUUGCUGACAAGCAGCAAAGUCAACCAAAAGGGGCCACUUUAUGACUUGAUGAAACCCUUCAUCGGUUCGGGUAUCCUAGCAGGAGGUUCAACAUGGCGAAAACAUCGAAAGAUCGCCAAUCCAUCUUACAACAAGAAAGCAGUAGAACACUUUACACAUGUAUUUAAUGCAGAGGCAAAACAGUUGGCAAUGGAGCUCACUCAAAAAGAUCCGAAAAUGAUAUUUGAAAUAUACACAGAUGUGGUUAAGUUUACAACGCAGAGUGUAACUCAGACGCUGAUGGGUCUUUCAAAAGAAGAGUCUCAGAAUGUAUACAGAAUGGACGAAAUAGUUGCAGCUACUAGAGAUCUCUACGACCUGAUCUUCGCAAAGAUGACUAAAUGGUGGCUCCAAAUACCUCUCAUAUACUGGGUACUUGGAUGGAAGAAGACGCAAAAUUACUUUAUCAAAUUGAUCAAUGAUUUUGCCGGUGACAUAGUAAGGAAGCGGCGAAAAGCUCUAGAAAUAUCUACCCAUGAUGAAGAGAGUAUGGGAAUAGUGGACCGAUAUAUACUGUCUGGAGAGUUGAGUGAGCAGGAAAUCAGAUGGGUUACAAUGACAUUAUUUACGACUAGUCAAGAAGCAGCAGCUAAAGUAGCUUCGGGUGUUCUGACAUUCCUCUCUCACCUUCCUGAAUGGCAAGAACUUGUAUACAACGAAAUAAUUGAAGUACUAGGACCUAAUGGGCCUGUAAGCAGUGAACAACUAAAAAAGCUGCAGUAUUUAGAUAUGGUGUACAAAGAAACGCUGCGCUGCUUGUCUAUAGCAGCAAUGAUACAGAGGACAGUAGAGGAAGAGAUCUCUAUCAAUGAAGGCAAGUUGACACUCCCUGCCGGAACGUCAUUGGUGAUACCUAUUCACCAUUUGCAUCGUGAUCCUCAAUAUUGGGAAGACCCUUGGACCAUAAAGCCGGAGAGAUUUCUACCGGAGAAUGUGAAGAAACGCGAUCCCAAUGCCUUCGUGCCGUUCAGCUUGGGUCCCAUGGACUGCUUAGGUAGAGUAUACGCAACGGCACUCGUAAAGACUAUUAUAGUGUGGGUACUAAGAUACAAUCGUUUGGAGCCGGCGGGUUCUGUGGAGGAUCUAAAUAAGCUGCAUGUCGGGGUAUCGGUCUCUAUAGCGGAUGGCUACAACGUUAAAGUUCAACCAAGGAAAGCGGCACUAGUUGAAGGAUUUGAUUACCGAAAAUAA